UCAUUUGCUCUUCACCCAUUACUCUAUAAAAUCUGUCAGACCCUUCUAGAAUAGAAUAGUCUCUUACCCUGAAUCCUGACAAGUGACCCCCUUUACUUGUAUAUACUUGUGGCUGUAGUGGUUGUAGUUCAUAUCCUAGCUCACCACUUUGUUCUUUCUCUGCAUUCUUUUCUCUUAUUCUACAACAUUCAUCUAUCAUCUCCCUCCCUCUCUCUUUCCCUUGGGGUGCUCUGAGAUCACGGAAGACAAUGGUGAAGGCUGUUGCAGUUCUUAGUGGCAAUGAGUGUGUGAGUGGCACCAUCUUUUUGACCCAAGAAGGAGAUGGCCCUACAACUGUUACUGGAACAAUCACCGGUCUGAAACCAGGGCUCCAUGGCUUUCAUGUCCAUGCCCUUGGAGACACAACGAAUGGCUGCAUGUCAACUGGACCACAUUUCAAUCCAAAAGGCAAAGAGCAUGGUGCUCCUUGCGAUGAGAACCGUCAUGCUGGUGAUCUUGGAAAUGUUACUGCUGGUCAAGAUGGUACUGCCAAUGUGUUAGUUGUUGACAAUCAGAUUCCACUCACUGGACCACAUUCUGUUGUUGGAAGGGCAGUCGUUGUCCAUGCAGAUCCAGAUGAUCUUGGGAGAGGAGGACAUGAACUCAGCAAAACCACUGGCAAUGCUGGUGGUAGGGUUGCCUGUGGUGUCAUUGGUCUGCAAGGCUAAGAUUGACUGUUGCUUGUGAUCAAUAGUAGUCGAAAUGGGGGAAGAACUGUUUUCCGAAAUAAAUAUGAUUCUGCUUCUUGUAGCAGUUGAAUGUAUUCUCAGACUAAUGUUCUUCUUACCAUUAUGUUUGAGUCAUAACACUUUUUUGUCCCAAUUUUCCUUUGUCCCAAUGUAGGAGUGAAACUGCUGGUAUUGGGACUGCCCCUACUAAGUUGCAGGUUUACAUGCACUGAAAAUGGCAGCUAGAAUAAUCACAAGUACAAGUGAUGUGAAAAAUGCCCAUUUUCCUUUUUUUUUUUUUUAAUGAGAAAUCAGUGCAAGUUUGAUCUUAUUUCA